GUGGCACUACAAGUUUGAAAUUUUCUACUGUAAUACUGUGUGUCUCUAAAAGAAAAUUAAUUAUUUUAUCGUUUAUGUAUAAUUUUGCUAAUCGCCUAAUGCUUACUUUUGUCGAGACACUCUUUUAAAAUAAUUUCUCCACCAUAAGUUCUAAAUUAAUGUUUUCUUUAGUAUAUUUGGCUUAAAAUGUAUUGAAUAUGUAAAAAUAUUUUAGUUUUUGCUUUUAAUAAAAAAAUAAACACAUGGUUGAAAUAUCAACUUGAAAAUUGAGAAAUAACUUGGUUCUUUUCUAACAAAUAAUAAUGACUGUGACUAUGCCUGUUAAAAACGAUGGUGAAAGUGAUGGCGAUGUGUCUCGUUCAGAAGACUCCACACACGAAUCAAGUGAAGAUGAGGGAGAUGUACCGGAAUCUGACGACUCUUCUGAAAUGGACGAAAUUGAGUGUGAGCGAAGGCGAAUCGAUUGUUUAGAUAAUCUUACUAAUUUAGAAAGACAAUUCAAUAUUUUACGGGAGCAGUUAUAUAAAGAAAGAAUCAAUCAAAUCGAAUGGCAGUUAUCAGAAGUUCGUGGCGGGCGUUCGCAAGAAUAUUUGCUUCCUCUUCAACAAUUAGAUGAAAAUUUGAAAAAUCGCAUAGAGGUUGCAGAAAUUCUAAAGCAAUAUCGUCUAGAAAAUAUUAAUCACAAAUAUUUGUCAGAAGAACAAGCUGCAAGGCAGCACUUCGACAGUGAAAAGCAGUUAGCUAUGGAUCAAAUUCAUGAAGAGCUCAUGGAUAAAAUAAGGCGGUUAGAAGAAGAUCGCCAUAAUGUAGAUAUAUCAUGGGCAGAUUGGGGAAUAGAUAAACGAGCAAAUAAGGUUCGUGGUCCUGGAAGAAAGAAAGCUGUUACUGUAUCAGGUCCUUAUAUUGUUUAUAUGUUACAUGAAGAAGAUAUUUUAGAAGACUGGACGACAAUUCGAAAAGCGUUACAAAGAACAAGUGGUCCAUGAAGAAUGAAACGAAUAAUUUUUUAAGCUGCUCCAUAUUUGUUAAAUUUUGUACAAAUCAUUUCAAUAAAUGCAUACAUACCUACACACUAUAA